AUGCACAUGUUAUCAAAACCUAUUCUUUCAAGUCGUAACAGACUCUCAACAUCAGUUUUCUUCACCACUACAACUACUAAAAAAUCGCUUAAUGCAUUCAAAAUUUUAACUGCCUCACGCAACUUAGCAACUGUGACCGACAAGUCAUUCAUUCUCAAUAAACCACCACCUGCUCCAUAUGCCAACGUUGUUGAUAAACCAAUCGCCGCUGCAUUAAAAUUAAAAGACGGUCAAAUAUUUCAAGGAGUUUCAUUUGGUGCUCAAACUCCUGCUUCUGGUGAAGCUGUUUUCACCACUUCGUUGGUCGGAUAUCCUGAAUCAAUGACUGAUCCCUCGUACCGUGGCCAAAUAUUGGUCUUCACCCAGCCGUUAAUCGGCAAUUACGGUGUUCCAGGAAUAUUCAAGGACCAAUAUGGUCUCUUGAAAUAUUUCGAAUCGGACCGAAUUCAGUGCAAGGCAAUAGUUGUCAAUGACUACGCGCAAAGAUAUUCACAUUGGACAGCGGUAGAAUCACUCGGUGAAUGGUGUGCUCGUCACGGUGUACCUGCUAUAUCAGGAGUAGACACUCGUGCCAUUGUUCAUAUUUUAAGAAACCAAGGUUCCACUUUGGCUAAAUUGGUCGUUGGUGAAGAUGCAAAUACCCAUAACUUUUCAAAAAUUGAUUACGAAGAUCCAAAUAAAAAAAAUUUGGUCCAAGAAGUUAGCACAGAGAUUCCUGUAUCAUACAAUCCAUUUGGCGAUAUUAAAAUAGCUGUUAUAGACUGUGGUAUAAAGACCAAUAUCUUGAGAUGCCUUGUCGAAAAGGGUGUCUCUGUCACUGUUCUUCCAUGGGACUUUGACUUUAAUAAAAUUUCCAACCAAUUUGAUGGUCUCUUCAUCAGCAAUGGCCCCGGUGAUCCAACCAAAGUCUUAAAAACAGUGGAGAAUCUUCGUGUAGCUUUAGACACAUAUAAAAAACCAAUCUUUGGAAUCUGUAUGGGAAAUCUGUUACUAGGAAUGGCUGCAGGUCUCCCCGUCUAUAAGCUCCGGUUCGGGAACAGAGGUCAUAAUGUUCCAGCUCUUAAUGUCGGAACCAACAAGUGUAUCAUCACAUCACAAAAUCAUGGUUAUGCCCUUGAUGACAAAGUUCUACCACAAGGAUGGGAAAAAUAUUUUGUAAAUGUCAAUGAUGGAUCUAAUGAAGGUAUUCGUCAUGUCUCCAAACCUAUGAGAUCUGUACAAUUCCAUCCCGAGGCCUGCGGUGGUCCACAGGAUUCAAGUUACUUAUUUGAUGAAUUUGUGGAUCAAGUUCGUUCUUAUAAACUCAAGCAUGAAGGUGUUAAAACAUUUAUUGAUACAGAAAUUAGAAAACAACCAGUUUUAACUAGUUAA